GCGGGCCCGCCUCGGCCGCGGCCGCGGUGAGGCGGCGGGCGGAGAUGAACGGGUCGGGGCGGCUGCCGGCGGGGGGCGAGGAGGAGCCCCCCGGCGCCUCGCUGCUGCCGCUGGGCGGGAACGGCAGCGCGGGCGGCGGCCCCGGGGAGCUGCGGGAGGGGACCCACGCCGCCACCCUGGCGGCCUGCGCCUCCCUGCUGGCUCUCGUCUUCUGCCUGGGCUCCUACGGCAACCUCAUCGUCCUCCUGUCCUUCUUCGACCCGGCCCUCAGGAAAUUCAGGACCAACUUCGACUUCAUGAUCCUCAACCUUUCCUUCUGCGACCUCUUCAUCUGCGGCGUGGCCGCCCCCAUGUUCGCCUUCGUGCUCUUCUUUGACUCAGCCCGAGGCAUCCCGGGCGCCUUCUGCUUCACCUUCCACCUCACCAGCUCCGGCUUCAUCAUCAUGUCGCUCAAGACGGUGGCGGUCAUUGCCCUGCACCGGCUGCGCAUGGUGCUGGGGAAGCAGCCACACCGGGCUGCCUCCUUCCCCUGCACCCUCCUCCUCACCCUGCUCCUGUGGGCCACCAGCUUCACCCUGGCCACCCUCGCCACCCUGAAAACCCGUGGCUCCCGUCGCUGCCUGCCCAUGUCCAGCUUCACCAGCGGCGAGGGGAAGGUCAUCCUCUACCUGUACGUCACCGACUUCAUUUGCUGCGUGGCCGUGGUGUCCGUCUCCUAUGUCAUGAUUGCCCAGGCCCUGCGGAGGAACGCCCAGGUGAGGAAAUGCCCACCCAUGGUGGCUGUGGACGCCUCCAGACCACAGCCCUUCGUGGGGCCCGCAGCCGCCCGGGCUGGGGAAGGCAGGCAGAGCACCGUGCCCGCCUUGUACAGGAACCAGAGCUACAGCAAGCCGCAACAUGUCCAGACGCACGGCUACACCAACCACCUCAGCCAGCCGCUGGCCACCGCUGCCAGCCGGCUCCAGCUGGUGUCAGCAGUCAACCUGUCCACGGCCAAAGACUCCAGGGCGGUGGUGACGUGUGUCGUCAUCGUGCUGUCCGUCUUGGUUUGCUGUCUCCCCCUGGGCAUCUCUUUGGUGCAGGACAUGCUGUCCAGCAGCGGUGGCUUUGUUCUCUACCAGUUUGAGCUGUGUGGGUUUACUCUCAUUUUUUUCAAAUCUGGAUUAAAUCCUUUUAUAUAUUCCCGCAACAGUGCCGGACUUCGGAGACGAGUCCUGUGGUGCCUGCAGUACGUAGCCCUUGUCUUUUUCUGCUGCAAGCAGAAGACGAGGCUUCGGGCCAUGGGCAAAGGCAGCCUGGAAGUCAACAGGAACAAGUCAUCCCACCAUGAGACCAAUUCAGCGUACAUGUUGUCUCCAAAACCUCAGAAAAAGUUUGUGGACCAAGCUUGUGGUCCUAGUCACUCCAAGGACAGCGUGCUGAGUCCCAAGGCUUCUGUCGGGCAUCAGCACUAUGCACAGAGCAGCUCGACCCCCAUGAACACCCGAAUCGAGCCCUAUUACAGUAUCUAUAACAGCAGCCCUUCACAGGAAGUGAGCACUCCAAAUAGCUUACAGCCGGUGAACUCGACUUUCGGGUUUGCCAAAUCCUACAUUGCCAUGCAUUAUCACACCACCAACGACUUGGUGCGAGACUAUGACAGUGCUUCGACUAAGCCGAUACCAGUACCCUCGGUGUAACCGUAAGAAAGGGUUCUGAUCUAGCUGAUCCAGUGGGUCCCCUUCUUUGCUUUUGUUAAUGAUUAUUCUAAAUUAUACAGUAUUGCUGUACUGAUGUUAAUUAAGAAAAAUGCCAGUACUGUUAAUAUCCAGCUAUUUGCAUUUGAAGUGAAUACAAAGAUAGUACCUCCGUGAUGCCUUUUUGAAUUUAUGUGGCAAGUCAAAAAGGGCAGUGUUUUAGAUUUGUAUUUGGAAUUGUUACACUAGGGUGGUUUUGUUACUAAAUUUUACUGCUGGGCAAGUAAAGAAUAGAGCAUUAUAAAGUUCAUUACUUCACAGGUCAGAGUAUCUCGGAGAACAAUCUGAGGCUGCACCAGUAGCAGUAUUACCUGUUAAAUUUCAUACUUGCUGUAUUUUCAAGAGGAAAGAACUGGGAUGAUGCUUGGUAUUGCAAUACUUAAGUUUAAAUUCUACCCUUGGCAGAAGGUUGAAAGAAUUCGUGGUAUUUUGUUGUAACAAGUGUCAGUAAUAACAGAAGUCCUUUCUAUUUGCAGGGUGAAAUCCUGGUUCCAUUGAGGUAAAUGACAAAAUUUCCAUGAACUUCAACUGCAGUUUAGGAUUUCAGUCUUGGUUUCCUAAAGCAUGACAGGGCAUUUUGCAAACAGUUAUACUGCCACUGGGGAAGGACUUUAGAGAAGUGUUGUGGCACUGUAAUAAACUUCUGAAGUAUAUAUAUAUAUUUUAAUUUCUGCUGUACAUUUAUUUUAAGGAUUGGUGGCUCUGUGUAUCCCAGAAUAAUCUAUUUGGAGAAGUAUUUUACAUCUGAUAGAAGUAACUGUGCAAUACCUAAGUAUAAUUUUUACCUGAGGAUAAAGGUGAUUAUUGCAAUAUUAUAGUACUGAUACCCUGUUAGUGAUGCAGUCACCUCUGGAAUUUUUUAAUUUGUAAACUGUUACGCAGAAUAGUGUUACUGGUUGCUUUUUUGUCUAUGACUUUGUAUAAAAGUGGGACUUGGGGGGAUUCGGCUGUGGUAUUCCUGACAGGUAGAACUAGCAGCUAUUAACAUUUUUAAAAACAGAAUGACCACGUAACAAGAUGACUACAAGUUUUUGAGGUUCUCUUAAGAAGCCUAACAUAAGUUUGAUUUAAAGAUUAAUAAUCUACUUACAAACUUUAUCUGUUGGUCUACACAGUGAGCAAAUAACAGAAGUUAAAUAUUUUUUUAUAAAUCUGACCAUUUGUAUUGUGUCACGUGUUGUGGGAAUUCUUUAUGAAAUGGAAUGAUUCGAAGGCAUUUAAACUCCUGACAAUUAAUGCGUUAAGUGGCCAGGUCUUUUCAAAACAAGCAAUCACCUUUUGACUUCUGUGGAGUUCAGUAGAGCCAUAGUAUCUCCGAAAUAAUCAUGCCACAGACUUUUUGUGCCUCGUUAUAGGAAAAUGCCACUUCUUUAGUGAAAUGACAGUCAUGGAAAAAGGAGUUGUUACUUUAGAAACAGAAAAACAUUCACAUCAUUGCCGUGAGUUGUUGGUUUAGGCUAUUUGUUAACUAAACCAUUUUAAAGAUUUUCCUGGAAGACUCUCACGUUAUGAACAUUGUUCUUUGUUUAACACUCUGAAUUUUAAUUAAUUUUGAAUAAUUCAAUACAGCUUUCUUGCAAUAAAAUGGAUGUGAACAACUUUCUAAUACAAAUGUAAAUUGAAAUUAUUUCCGUAUGUCUUUUCUCUCUGCCCAGAUACUUUUCUCUACAAAUGAAUAACAUGGUUCUUUCUAAAGUAACUAUAAAAGAUAACAAAAAAAAAAA